AUGGCAGGCAAGGUCAAGACCAAGUUCCCUCAAUUCAUCAACGCCAAAGAUUACUCAUUUCCCGAGAAACUUGUACUAGACUUGCACGACCUCGCCACUAUAGUCCUCAGAGAACGAUUAUUCUCACAAACACAAUUCCGGUAUUCUCAGCUUUACGAAAUCUGCAAUGAUUCUGAAAAGGCUACUUGUCUCCCAUCCGAUGCCCAAGCUACAUGGACGAGCCUACCUGAUCCGAAAGUUGGCUACUUCCUGAGAGAGCCGUCGGAAGUUGCUGAAGACGCACCUGCUACUGAACCCUACGAUUUCUUGCAUGAAAACUUCAAGGGGAAGGAUAUACCCGAUGAACAGAGUCUUGAAACUAUCUUCUGGCGUGUCAAGCACCAUGAUAGUGGCUUUGUCCUCGCUCACGCUUUACAACUCGUACUUGACGCGCUUCCUGAAUCAACCAAACUUCGGAUAUGCACUUCUCAGGGACAUAGAAUAGAAUGCAAAGCUCGGUCAAGUGCUGUUGCUGAAAUGAACAUCUUACCGAAAAUGACGAGUUAUAUAUGCAAUAUUCGGGCUCGACCUGACCUUGGGCCGAACAAGGUUGACAUCGAUCAGCACUACACUGGAGGGGAAUUGAAUGGUAUACCAUGGUUAUACCUUAUCUUUGGAGAGAAGGAAGACGCAACUGGAGACGUACUCACUGAUAGGCGUGUCGCUGUUGACCUCGUCGCUCCUAUGCUUGGUUUGCGCGGUCUAGGUAACGAAGUGUUCGCAAUGGAGCAAAUAGGCGUUUAUCAUCACAAACUGUUAUCCAAAGUGGCUGGAGAGAGCGAAGAGUACGUCCUUUCAGGAAGGAUUCUGAUGGCUGACGAAGACAAGGCGAGAGCUUCUGCAGACAUUGCGACGCGAGUUCUUGCACGUCUGCAGAAAAUUACGCGUGGCGAGGAGGUAUAUUGUGCAUACUGUGGAAGGGAUGAGGCGGAGUCUAUGUGUGAAAAUUGCCAUGGAAAGGCUAGAUAUUGUAGCCCUGAAUGUCAGAAGAAAGGGUGGAGGUAUCAUAAAGUUUGGUGUAAGGGUGAUGCUGGGACAAAGACAUGA